AUGCCAGCAGCAAAAGAGAAGCCCCUUGUCGUGGCCAUGGCGCUGUCCGGCGCCGGCCACGCCAUCCCCGUGAUGCGCGCGGCCGCCCACCUCGCCUCUCGCGGCUUCGAGGUCUGGUUCGUCACGGCUGCCGAUAUGGAAUCCUCAGCGCUUUCAUCGGGCAUCGCCCGCUUCUUCCCCGCCCCGAGCCCCUUUGCGUUACACCCGGACCUCAUGGCCGGCUACACGGACCUGCCCGAGGGUCCCGCCCGGCUGGAUUUUGUCUUCCGCAACGUCUUUCUCCGCGACACGAAGCACUACGCCGACGCGCUGCGGACUGCCCUGGAGACGGCCAGGAGGGAAAUUCCCGGCAGGAGGGUCGUCGUGCUGCAGGACAUGUUUGCGGGCGGGGCGCUGCCGUUCAUACACGGCGCGCCGGUUCCAACCGGGUAUGAGGACGAUGCGUUCCCGCCCGUGGUUUCGCUCAACGUGUCGAUACUUUUCUGCACCAGCGCUGAUGCGCCGCCGAUCGGGUUCCCUGUCGAUCCGGUCGGGCACGAAGGGGAGGAGAUGCUGAAGCUGCAUAGGGAGUUCAACGCCGUUACGGCAGAGACGCGGGCAAUGCUCAAUAGGAUUCUGGGCGAGAUGGGCUGCACGAGGCGGGUCGAGGCGCUGGCGGAUGCAUGGCUGGAGGGUCCCGAUGUGACGCUGCAGCUGUGCAGUCCGAGUUUGGAGUACAGGCGGCGUGAUCUUAGUCCCAGGAUCAGAUUCGUUGGGGGCCUGCCGCUUCCUGAGGGCAAAAGCGGCGUGAUGCCGGAUUGGCUUCGGGAUCAUGUGGAGGCACAGGGCGACUCGCAGGCGGACGGUCGGGGAAAGAGGAGGAGGCUUGUGUUCGUGACGCAGGGAACCGUAGAUAUCGACCAUAGCGAGCUGUUCAUCCCUGCUCUCCAGGGAUUGGGGGCAAGGGAGGACCUUUUUGUUGUUGGUGUUCUUGGGAAAAAAGGUGCCAAACUCCCAGAUAGUGUGGAAAGCAGCUUGCCGUCUGCCAACGUCAAGGUGCUGGACUACUUUUCUUAUAAUGACAUUCUGCCGCACGCAGAUGUUUUUAUUACAAACGGCGGCUACGGCGGCUUUAUGCACGGGGUAAUGAACGGAUCCCCCAUGAUCAUUGCCGGGACAAGUAACGACAAAGCAGACGUGGCCAACCGCAUGGAGAACGCAGGCCUGGGAAUAAACCUCAGAACGGCGACACCAACCACGGAGCAAAUUUCCGCUGCUGUCGAUCAGAUUCUGUCGGAUGCUUCUUACAAGCAGAGGGCUCUGGAAAUCAAGAAGGAGAAUGAAGAAAUGGAUUCCUUUGGGAGGAUCGAAAAGGCCGUGUUAGAAGUUGCACGCUGAGCAGCAAGCCCUGCACCCGCACAGUAAUUGUGCUGUAUACUAUGUUCCACUCAUGUAUUCUACGACUAACGAACCCCUUGACUCAAUAAUGAUACAUCAUCUCCU